ACGCACGCACACACACACACACGCACGCACACACGCACACAGGACAGUUAAGCUUGUGGGAGUGUAGUAUUAACACCACAGCACCACACCAUACCAUACCACACCACAUGACACCACCACCACCACCACUACACCACACCACACCACAAACCAUACCAUACCGCACAACACCUCACCACACCACACCACACCACAACACACAACCACACCACGGUAUUCUUGGCGCUCCAACCUGCCCAGCACCGCCCAGCACCGCCGAGCACCGCCAAGCCCCUCCAACCCCCGCCCCGUCCCGCCGCGGCUGAGGUUGAUGUGGGUUCGCUAGUUAAGCCACUGACUCCACCCUCCUGAUGAGAACGCUGCACGAGUGGGACGAGUAUGUGUCUGAGUGAGUGGGAAGGAGGGAGAGGGAGGAGUGGAAACAGCCAUGAGGGAGAGAAGUGAGAACCUGAUCAUCACCACCACAAACCACCACCACCACCACCACCACCACCACCACCACCAUGCUCACUUCGCUGCCCGUGCGGUGGCUGGUGCCCGCGUUCCUCCCCAUCCUCCGCCUUCUUCUCACCGCCUUCCCGGAGAGUCCCCAGGGUGACAGCUUCCCACCCCCAGGCCCCCUCAGGCCCGAUUAUGAUUUUGUGAUCGUGGGUGGCGGCACAGCGGGCAGCGUGCUGGCGGCGCGCCUGGCGGAGGUACACAAGUGGCGGGUCUUGCUGCUGGAGGCGGGGGGACCGGCGCCCGUGGAGAGCAUCGUUCCGGGCUUCAGUCGUGUGUUCUACUUCCCCACCAAGAACACAUGGAACUUCCACCUCCACCCGCAGCGCCACGCCCUCUACAGUUACAGCAACAGGAGCAGCCCGGUGCCGCAGGGGAAGGUGCUGGGCGGCACCUCGGCAGUCAACGGGAUGCUGUAUGUGCGCGGCAACAAGCGAGACUUUGACAACUGGGCGGCGCUUGGGAACCCCGGCUGGGACUACGAGUCCGUGCUGCCUUACUUCAAGAAGGCGGAAGGGUACAGCGGGCCGCCGCUCGGGGAAACAGAAGAGUACCACGGGCGGUCGGGGCCGCUGACAGUAGUGCCCAAGACCGGAGAACACCUGGAGUUCACCUCGGCCUUCAAGCGUGCCGGCCUCCAGCUCGGCUUUAGAAACAUCGACCCGAGCGGCCCAGACCAGAUUGGGUUCACCCACACUGACUACACUAUCAGGGGCGGCGAGAGGUGGCACACGGCACGGGCCUACCUCAAAUACGCCUCACACCUGCCGAACCUCCAUAUCCUGACGCAUGCCACCGUCCUCAGGGUGCUAUUCAACGAGGACAAGCGUGCAAUUGGUGUCGAAUACCUACACAAAGGAAAGGUGCGGCGUGUGCUGGCGUCGCGGGAGGUAAUACUCUCUGCCGGGGCUCUCCUGUCGCCGAAGCUCCUCAUGCUGUCAGGCCUUGGACACCCCGACGCUCUCCGCUUCCACCACCUGCCGGUGGUGGCCAAGGUGCCGGGCGUGGGCCAGAACCUGCAGGAUCACAUGUGUCUGUACGGCCUCACCUGGACCCUGGGCUCCCACGUUCCCAACACGGUGUCUGACAUCUUCAAUCCUAAGCAGGUCAGCGACUACGUCCACCACAGGAAAGGAGCCUUCACGUCACCCAUCGGCCAGUUUGGACACGCGUGGGCGAAUGUGCUACAGAAGGGAGAUCCUGAGUGGCCGGACGUGCAGCUGUACAUGGUGUCCUCGGGGCUGGCGCAGGAGGGCAUACUGUCCAGCGUCGCCCUUGGCAUCGAUAAGCACAAAUACCUAGAGCAGUACUCGCCACUGUUUGGCCGCAGCGGGAUGACCAUCAUGCCUUACCUCAUGCGACCCAAAAGUCUGGGCUCAGUGGUGCUCAAGUCACGUGAUCCUCUCGACCCUCCAAUCGUCGACCCCAACUAUCUGAGUCACCCCGACGACGUGCAGGCCCUCGUGAACGGCAUCAAGCUGGCUGUUGAGGUUGGGAGGACGCCAGCCUUUGUCAAAACGCUCGGGGCCAAACUCUAUAGCAAGCCACUGCGGAGCUGCUUGGCGUACCAGUUUGGCAGUGACGAGUACUGGCGGUGCUUCGUGAAGAACAUGGCCACCACCUUCUACCACUUCGCGGGCACCUGCAAGAUGGGCCCCGCCUCGGACCCCUUCAGCGUGGUGGAUCACAACUUGAGAGUUAGGGGUGUGGCAGGACUGCGGGUGGUGGACGCCUCGGUGAUGCCGGUGGUGGUGUCAGGCAACCCCAUGGCGGCCAUCAUCAUGAUCGCUGAGCGCGCAGCGGACCUUUUGAAGGAGGAGUGGGGCGCCACGGCGGGUGUGGUGGGCCAGCAGUAUUCGUCCACCACCCACGUGCACCAGGAAUUGUCAUCAGGAUCGUCUUCCUCAGGUUACCAAACUGCCAAUACUUAAACGAGGAUUGGCGGCGCGGCGGCGGUGUGUCUGUAGUCGGGGAGAUGAAGUAUUCUUCCUCCUCCCCUUCUCUCACUCCUGCAUGUUGUCAAAUACUGUCAGCUUGCCUAAGUUCGUUUAAGAACAUGCGCGUCACCGCUCAUAACCCGUGCACCACCGCCGCCGCCGCCGUUGUCCCGAGGCUCAGAACGUGCCAUAAUUUGGUCGCGUGGAGUGACAGUGUGUACGAGCGGGGCCGAGAGGUACGCUGCCCGCCAUUUGCUUUUCACGAUUUUUGUCCUGCUGAGCCCCACCGCUGCAUUUACUCCACGCGGCCACUCCCCCCACUUACAGCUGGGCGGGCGGGAAGGGCAACCACUACAGAGAAAGCCUGAAAUUAUUCUCAUUUUGUAUAUAAAGCAUGAUUAUCAGGAUCAUCAGGAUUAUCAGGAUUAUACAAAACGCCACACAGGUUGUAGGUAUCAGCCGUAUAUCCCUUUCUGUGUGUAUGAAGCGUGUUUACUUCCUUCCCAUCCCUGACGCUUGCCCGUGAAGGCUUGUGCAUGACGGAGUCUGGUAAGGGACGGGCGCCCAGCCUCACCGCUCUUCGGGAUCUUCAGGUCUCAUGCCACAUUCCUUCAGGACACACUGAUGUUUUUAUAGCUUAAGUUACACUGUAUCUUGUUGUUGUUGUUGUGAUGUUAUUGUCUUGGAGGUUCUUCUGGUGAGCCUGGAAGCAAAACACAGGGGUAAGGAAGCUCUACUGUACACCACUUUACUGUACAUACUCUUGCUGUACAUACACACAGCGUGCGCACCAGUGUCGCUGGGUUGCACGUAGGGUGAUUCUCAGCGUGCUUGGAGUGUGGUGAGGAGCUGCUGCUGCCCUGUACAUAGAGGUAGAAGUGGCGGCAGGCUGACGUGCCCCUCACCGUCCUGGCUCAGCAUGUUCCUGUGGUGGUGAAUGUACUGUCUGUGUGUACUAAUGUACCUGAGCCUUCCUGUACAGAAUAAAUGUACAUAUUGU